AAAAAAACAAAAAAAAGAGGUUCAGAAAAUAAACCUCCAAACCUCCUAAACCCUUUUGUUGAACAGUGAACUCGGGGAACAUCAGAAUCCAGAGAUCAAAACACCCAUACCAAAAGCGCCGUUCAUGGCGAGCCGCCGGUGCCUCAACGCGCUCAGUCGCGGUGCCGCGGCGCUUAUCUCGGCGAACUCAAGGCCUUCCCUCUCCUCCUUGAAGCCUAUUCAUGCUCUCUUCAUUCCCAUUUCUUCCGAAACACUGAUCCCAACCCAAACCCAACUCAUAGAGCCUUCAUGGUUCGCCUCAUGGACUCACCAUUGCCGCUACUUCUCGUCGAACCGGAGUGACGACGACGAAGAGGAAGAGAGCAGUGACGAGGGAGAGGAUGACACGACGCCGUCUGAUCUGCAGAGAGAGUAUUCGGUGGAAGAGAAGGAAGAGGAGGCUGCGGCUAUUGGGUACAAAGUAGUCGGCCCACUCAAGCGGUCUGACCGCGUUUUUAAACCGUACGAACCGGUUUUCGCAGUUGUUCAGGUUGGGUCGCAUCAGUUUAAGGUGAGCAAUAGAGAUUGCAUUUAUACUGAGAAGUUGAAAUUCUGCGAAGUGAACGACAAGUUACUUCUAAACAAGGUUCUUCUGCUGGGCUCAGGAACCCAAACAAUUAUUGGUAGGCCUACGGUGCCAGACGCAGCUGUUCAUGCAGUUGUUGAAGAACAUGCAUUAGAUGCAAAGGUACUUAUUUUCAAGAAAAAGAGAAGAAAGAAUUACCGCCGAACGAAAGGACAUCGCCAGGAAUUGACUAAGUUGAGAAUAACUGACAUUCAAGGAAUAGAAAAACCAGAAACAAAGGUUGAUGGGAAGCCUUUCAAGGCAGCUAUUAAGAAGCCGGAAAAGGUUGCAGUUGCUGCUUAGGGUGGAUUUUUAAUGCAACUGUAUCCUUUGCAAUAAGGGCAGUCAAUUGUUGCAACUUCCAAGCUAUAUGAUUUCAUGAUAAUACAAAAAUCAAGCUCCCAUUGGUGAUUUGCUUAAUGUACAUUGUUGAAGGCUAGCAGAAACAUGUUGCUAGUAACCUUGGCACCACUAAAAUUUUGCACUUCUGUAUUUAUUUCUAUUUUCUUUUAUUUAGCUCUCCUGCUUAGGAACGUGCAAUUGAAAAAGCUCCAUUUUGCUCUCAAAAAGUGUUUUUCCAGUUUUGGGUCAACA